AUGCAAUUGGCGGAGUCUCGCGGAACCCACAAGGCAUCAUUCGAAGGAUGCGAAAUGCUUUUGAAGAAACGUUCAGAAGCCUUCCAAAACCGGUGGUAUGUCUCAAGUCUGCAGAAUGGCUCAUGGGCCUGUGUGGAUGAAGUGAUUCAACAGGGCAAUGCUGGUGAAAUGAAGCAAAGGUCCCAUCACGGAAAAGCAAUGAUGAAAGUGGGAUUUCGUUUGAUGAUCGAUGACGAUGGUGAUGAGGGGGUGACGACGGUGCAGAGCGGUCAAUUGGCUAAAUCCGGAGCGAGUCUCACCCGACGGUGGCCAUUUGAGAGCGACAAAUCAGUGUCGAAGAGUGCCUGGGCGCAGGCGACAGGCGUCUUGACCAGCUGGCCGAUCUCACCGGCUCAGGACUCCCAUGUACAACGCAACCAAGAAAGGGCCCAAUUCCUUCAUCUCCGGCAGCGCGUCCGCAGGUUCAGCGUUAAUCCCCCAUUGACGCCGCGCUCCAAAAAAGGAAUCCCUUGGAGUCGCACCCGUCAAACGGCCGUCAGUCCGCCCGUUCCUCAUCAGACUUUCACCUCCAAAUUGACCCGCGGUUUGGAUGGAAGCACGCAUCAUCGAAGCAUCGUUCAGAGACACCGCAUAAUUACGUCCAUUUACUCUCUGGAGACAGUGACUUCUAGCUACAAGGCAGUGGGAGGUGAUAACGUUAAACCUUGUCGUUACCUAAGCCACGCACAUCGUUCUUAA